UUUGUUUGAAGUUGUCAAAUUGUCAAUGUCCGGUGUGCAGUGAUUUUUAUUUCACCAGUUUUUACAGUUAAUUUUCCGCUUUUCCAUACAAUUGUGCGAUAAUUCUGAAAGGCUACGCUGUAGCCAUGCUUCCUUUUAAUAAAGAUCUUAGGAACAAGUCAUCACUGAGUACAAGAUGGGCUCAAAUGACAAAACAAGAGCAAAUCAUCGAGAAAAAGAAAAUGGAGAUUCAAGCGAAACUGGAGGCACAAAAACAGGCCGCAGCUCUUGCGGCACAAGCCAAAUUAGCCCAACUUGGUAAACAGGAAGACAAUUCCAGCAACAUUUUCUCCAACGACGGGAGUUUCAUGAACCACUUCAAGACACUUCUUGAGAAGCAGAACCAGGAGAAAGAAGAAAAACAAAAGUUGGAGAGAGGGAAUGAACAACCCUCUGAAGAAGAGAGUCAGUGCGACCGACAGGACACUACCCAAGAGAGGACUGAGGAGCAUGUUGGCCGAGAUGAUGGUCAUAGAGGAAGGAGCGGAAACAGAGAUGGAGGACGGCACCAUCAUAGAGAUGACAGGAGACGCUCUGAUGAUGGAGGCCAUAGAGACAGGCGUCGCAGGUGGAGUGACAGAGGCCACCACCGAGGACAUAGCCCUGGGGCAUCCAAUAUGGACGAGAGAAUGCAACAAGAAAACAAAAAUAUCCCAUCCCUCAUGCAAAUCCCUAUAAUGCACCCUGACAACCGCGACAAUUCUAACAACGAAUCAGAACAGCCCAUCAAUCCAUGGAACAUUCCACCUGGCCCUCCCGGCUACAAUAUGGGUGACCAAGGAAACAACCAAAAUAUGACAUCUGCCCCUAACAUGGGGCCUCCCAAUAUGGGGCCUGGAUCUAAUAACAUGGGGCAUAACCAAAAUAAUAUGGGGCCUGGACCAAUUAAUAUGUCAAGUGGCCCUAACAAUAUGGGUCAGAAUAUGGCACCUAGACCCAAUAUGGGUAUGGGCCAAAUGAUGGGUCCUGGUGGCCAUAACAUGCCCCCUUUGCCUCCUGGCGGCCCAAUGCCCCCUUUCAUGGGUGGACCGCCAAACUUUGGUAUGCCACCUUUUAUGGGGCCAAAUGGCAGACCAAAUAUGUGUGGGCCUAAUGGUCCCAAUGGUCCUAUGCCCCCAUACUAUGGUCCUCCUUUCCCUAACGGUCCCAUGAUGCGUCCCGGAGCGCCCCCACCGCCACCUCCUUCUGGAAUGCCCCCGCAUUCAAUGAGCAAUAAUAUGCCAUUCAUGGGCCAAGGUCCAUUUGGACCCAACAGACCAAUGUUUGAUGGCAGGAAUGGGCCUCCACCCAACAUGUCUUUUAUGCCUCCAAACAUGCCUCCUCCCAACUCUAUGAAUUCGAUGUCUGACUCAAAUGACUCCCAGAAUCGCCAGGACAAUAUGAACCACCACAACAUUCCCCCCCCAAUGCCCCAGAUGUCCAUGAACCAGAUUCCUCAACCAAGUGAUAUGGAGCCAGGAAAUAUUCCACUGCCACCGAGUAGCAGUCAAGUUCUCUCGCCAGGUGUAUCGCCGGCCGCCGCCCGCGCCGCCGCCGACGUCGCGCGAAACGGCGACCACUGGGAAAACGUGCUGAAAGCCACACAAGACCAAAAUAUGUGGUUUCUCCACAACCAGAACUCAAGUGAGUAUAAGGCGUUCCGGGACCUAGUGAAUAAGUUCCGCGCUGAGGAUAAAAAACCUGAAGUGAAACCGGAGGAUAAAUAUGAGCCAGAGUUCAGCUUGGAGGAUGAAGACAGUAAUGAUGGGGAGAAGUACAAUGUGAAGGAGGAAAACUCUAGGGACAGCACCCAAGCCGCGCCGCCCCAAUACCCGUGGACAGUGAAGCGCGAGAGCUCCCAGAGCGACGAGGAGCGCGAGGUGAAGCGCGAGCGCCGCAAGCGCAAGAAGUCGCGGUGGGGGGACGACCCGGCCGAGCUGCCGCUGCCGACUGUACCGGACACGCCGCCCGCGCCGCCUCUACCGGGAGCAAAACUCGCCAAGAUCGACGAGGAGGGUCUGAAGUUGACGACAGUGAACCGCAACAACCAAGCGCUGAUGCAGUACGCUAUGACCAACUACGGAACCACCAACCUCAGUGCGGAGGACUGGAAGAAGUGUGAAGAUAACUUUAAAUUGAACUUACUGUAUCAGGAUAUGCUGAAAAAGCGUAACGAAGUGGAGCGUCUGGCGGCGGCCGGCAAGCACAAGUAUGAAUACGACAGCGACGAGGACACGGCUGAGGGCACCUGGGAACACAAGCUGCGUACCCGCGAGAUGAGCGCCACGGAGAAGUGGGCGGACGAGCUGACCAAGCAGGCGGCCGGCAAGCACCACAUCGGGGACUUCCUGCCGCCAGAGGAACUCAAGAAGUUCAUGGAAAAGUAUUCGGCGGCAAAAAUGGGCAAAGAGCCAGACCUAAGCGAUUACAAAGAGUUCAAGCUAAAAGAAGAUAAUCUCGGUUUCAAGAUGCUGCAGAAGCUGGGCUGGAGCGAGGGGCAGGGGCUCGGCGCGGAGGGCACCGGUAUCGUCGACCCCAUCAACAAAUCGAACCAGCCGGGUUCAAACCUGGGCCUCGGCGCGGCGACGGGCGACGCGGUGUCUCCUGAUGACGAUGAGUUCGACGCUUACAGGAAACGCAUGAUGCUGGCCUACCGCUUCCGACCUAACCCCCUGAAUAACCCAAGAAGACCAUACUACUAGAUGAAAUCAUCAGAGAAAAAGUGCGAUCGAGGAUUGAACAAAAUACUUAUACCUUAUUUUCCUGACAGUGAAAUUAGUUUUCUAAAAGACAUUUUUAAAGCGCUUCCACAUUUGGCUUCUAAAAAUGAUAAACAAUGUUUAUAUAAUGCUGUUAGAUCUAUACAUAUAACAACACAACAUGUGACAAGAUCAAUUAACUAUGGGUUUGGGGUUUGGAAGCAAGCUUCUUUAUUUUUAAUUAGGUAGAUAUACUAUAGUUUAGUAUUCCAGGCCAAGUUUAUCUCAACAAUCUUACAGGGGCUCCGUAAAACUUAAAAAGAAGUUUUUACAAAGUAUUUGGUUGAUGAACUUGGAUCUUAGUCUUUUGAGAUUAAUGUCUGUUUAAAUUGGUGUGCAGAGCAUUUACUGGUUCCAUAUUACUGCAUAUAUGGUAAGAAAUGUAUCAAGAGUUCUAUUUAUAUCUAUUGCAAGUAUGCACUUAUAGAAAGUGAUAUCGAUAGACAAUCAUCUGCAUUACAAGUUACAUAAUAAAGUACCUACCUAAGUUUAUUUUUCAUUUUUAAUUAAGACUUUAGUUAAGAUAAUUGUUGUUGUGUAAGAUUUACAAUAUACUUGUUUCUGUGAA